AUGCAAUUCAUCUAUUCGAAGAAAUAUUUUCAGCGAAACGUUUAUGGCUACAUCCACUUGUACGACGCAUUACGAUUGUAUGCCAUAGCUGUUCGCACUUCAAUGAAUAUGACUGGAAACGAGAACAUCUAUCAAGAUGGACGAUUUGUAUGGAAUCAAAUGAGACGUAUCACCUUCCCAGGUCUUGUAUCCGCCGCCGGUGUCACCUCAGGAACUGUGAUGAUGGACGAUAUUGCUGAACGUGCGCCAGUUUAUGCAGCCUUCUAUGUCCCCGCCAACAGCGAUAACGUAAAGAAAAUCAACGAGAUUGAACCAAAGCUGAUCAAAAAUUGUGAUGGUCUAAAAACGAGAACUGGAUGCUUCGACUUGCAUAUUACCGACGUCAUGACAGGAUUCUGGCCAUCUCCUGACGGUUCGCUUCCUAAAAUGGAACCCGCCUGCGGUUACCGUAACGAACGCUGUGAUUACACAAUGAUUAUCAUCGCCGGUUCACUAAUGCUGCUGCUUCUGCUCGCAAUCGUUGCCGCUCUGAUUACUAUUCGAAUCUGCGAAAAUCGCGCAUUGGCCAAAACACCAUGGAGAAUUUACCGUGAAGAUUUUAGAGUUAUCAAUGAGGAUGAAGUUCGUUCUAUGUUAUCGAUCGGCUCAACGAGAACCAAGCUAUCCAACACAUCAUCGUUUGCAAAGCAUCAUGCAGUACUUGGAACAAAUACCCAUGCUUCAUUCCAUGUCUACCCACAACGACGACCAAUCAGCUUCAAUAGGGAGGAUAUGCAGCUGCUCACACAGAUGAAACAAGCUAUUCACGACAACUUAAAUCCAUUCCUUGGAAUGUCAUUCAACGAGAAAGAUGAAAUGGUGUUGCUAUGGAAAUUCUGCUCUCGUGGUACUGUACAGGAUAUUAUCUACAACCAUGACAUGGUAAUGGAUGCCAAAUUCCAUGGUGCAUUCGUCAGGGACAUUACUUUGGUACUGUAUAGGUACGAUAAAGGCGCUUUGGGCCUGGAAUAUCUCCAUUCGUCGCCGAUCGGUUAUCAUGGUUCACUAACCCCAUGGGCUUGUUUGAUUGAUAGAAACUGGAUGGUCAAACUUACCGACUUCGGUAAGACUUAAGA